AUGUCGAGGUCGUUGAUAUCACAACUUAAUGGGUUGAGCCUACGUAUAGGUAAAAGAUGCUUUAGUCAAACUUUUGCAGCACGGGAAGAGAUUGUAGUUACAACAACGACAACUACCACCACCACAACAACGACUGGAUCAAACGACCAUGUCACAUUUGAUGAACAAGUACCUCGUUCCAAUUCGUUCAGCCAGUUUAGAAAAGGCAAAGGCCGUACUACCCAGUCAUAUUCACCUCAUCAAGUGACUGAAAACUUGACUAUGCCUGAGCUAAACAGAAUACGUACUACACCAACCUUGAUGACUUUCUACGGCGGUAAUCCAAUUCAUGAAAACAACAUGAACCAUUUGAGACAGUUGUUACGUAAAUACCAAUAUUUACCUACAAAGCCACUAAGUGAUGAGGACUUGCAAACUAGGAAAUUCUUGGGCUACGAAGCUUACAAGGAACGCACUCAAUCUGGUACAAGAGUCAAGAAAAUCCAUUAUCGAGAUUUAAUAUCGAGCUUGAAUCGUUUAAGAGUUAUUGAUGCCCAAUUAAUGCCUGUUGAAGUGAUAAAUACAUUGGAUAGUUAUUAUUCCGCGUCAGUCAGCAAGACCGCCUUGAGCAAGAAAUUAAAACAGUUGGACGAAUUUGGCCGAGCAAGAAGCCAAGCUAAACGUAAAGCGGCUUUGGCCAAGAUUUACCUUGUUAAAGGAGACGGUUCAGUCUUAGUCAAUGGCAAGAGUGCUGUAGAGUAUUUCACCAAUGUAUAUGCCAGGAAGAAUUUGGUUUAUCCAUUUCAAGUUGUUGGUCAAGAAGGUCAAUAUAAUGUAUUUGCUGAAGUCAGUGGUGGUGGAUAUACAGGCCAAAGUGAGGCCAUCAUGUACGCUAUAGCUAAGGCCCUUGUUGUUUUCAACCCAUUGUUGAAGCCAAGAUUAUCCAAGGCGGGAUUGAUGACGAGUGAUGCUAGAGUUGUUGAAAGAAAGAAGCCAGGAAAGGUUAAAGCUAGAAAAUCGCCAACUUGGGUCAAACGUUAG